CCAACAUGCUGGAGGGAAGUCGCUUGCUACUCCCUGGCCUGUGGCUGCUGGCGAGUGUCUCCUGCCUGCUGGGGGACGCGGCGGGCUAUCGGAGGAAGGUAACCCUGCAGUCCAUCCCCGGCUCGAACAGCUCCUCCGCCAACCUCCUGCACGUGCGGGCCGUGGGCCGGAACAACACCCUGCACUACGUGUGGAGCAGCAUCGGGGCGCCCACCGUGCUGCUGCUCUACACCCGGAGCGAGAGCAGCGCCCUGCGCGUCAACUGGACCAAGCUCCUCUCGGCCUCCCCCGCCGGGGCCAUCUGGGUCGAGCCGCCCGGCAGCGUUGUCUACUCCACCGCUGUCGUCUUCACCAAGGUGUUCGAGUACAACGGGGCCAACGUGUCGGCCCUCUCCAAGGGGCAGGAGGAGCCGUUCUACCCCCCCUACGACCUGGCUGGCUUCUCCUGGCAGAGUGUGAACCACACCGUGAACCAGACGGCCCUCACGGCUAAGUUCCAGGGGGUGGACACCUCGGACCCUGGGGGGGCCUUCCACAAUGGCACCAUCUCCUUCCAGGUGACUGCCUACGAGCAGGGUGGCCGGGACGGCCCCCUCCCUCGCCUCCUGCACACCGCCAACAGCUCCAAGGUGGAGUUCAUCAUGGACAACGUGGCCCCGCGCGGCAACAGUUCUCGCUUCAUGCUGGAGGUGGUCACGGUGGAGGAGAAAGGCGGGCACAAGAGGCUGCAGUCUGUGCGGUCCAUUGAUGACGAGUACACGCCCACCAUCUUUGAGAUGGCCCAGCUGGUGUCCGAGCCCCGCAACGACAGCAUCGGCCCGAGCUUCUUCCAGUGGAAGACGACGGCGUACGGCUCCAGGGAGGCCAGCCGGGAGAACGCCAUCCGCUGCCGCUACCACCCCCUGCAGACAGCCAACUGGACGCUGCCGGGGCCCAGCAUCGCGCACGCCUACUUCGGGGAGGGCCUGGGCCGCAGCCACCACAUCGCCGCCAUCAAUAUCUCCUUCGGCGGCGAGGACGGGGAGGUCUACGCCGAGAAGGGCUACCUGAGCUGGUCUGCCUUGCUUGGCUUCGGCACGCCCCCGAAAGACGCCUUCUCUCCCCUCGUGAUGGCCAUUGUGGUUGUGGCCCUGGGCACCCCCGUGGUGCUGCUGCUGGCGGGAAGCCUUGUGGUGCUGUUCGCACGGAGGAAGCGCCAUUCCCAGUACGAGCCCAUCAACUGACUGACGUGGGCAGGACUCGGAAACAGCUAGCGCCGGCCAGGGUUCUCUCGCCGGACCCUCGGGCUCCCCCAAGGCUCCUGAAGUGGCUGCUCCUGGGAAACUUAUUUAUUAAUAGCCACGGUUACGCGUCCUCUUCUCUCUCUAUCUCCACGGCCCUGACCCCUCGUCACUCCAGGCUCCGAGGGGAAUAGUGCAAUGACCUGCAGUGCUACCUCCGCACCCUGGAUCCUGGCUCUUCGGCGCUUGGCAUGGGCGGGAUGGGAAGGAGACCCGCCCUGUAUUCAUAACUGUUCGGCUGUCUGCCUUGAGGAUGGAGUGAUCCAUUUCUCCCUUACCCCCUAAAAGUCUUUUAGAAGCAGUAUCUGGCACUGAGGUUCUCCACGGGGGCUCUAGAAUACAUUCCAGGGCAGGGCUGGGAUCCAGCAGGGCCUGCCCAAGAAAUGCCUCACUUAGGGGGUCAGAAACAUUAGCCGUUUCUAGGCCAGUGUCUAGCGUCUCCCUUCACUCCACCCAUCAGCGUGCCUGACCCGGCGUUCACAAACACAGAACCUUCCCAUAGGGCACUUUGCAAGGUGCUACCCAGCCUCUGGUUUUAUCGCUGCUCUUGUUUUAAACCAGCCGGUGAGGGAUUGUGG